GAAAUGUAAUCAAAAAUAUAUAUACGGAAUCACGGAUGAGAUGAGAUGAGAUUGUGAUUGCAUCGCCCAAUAAGAACCACCAAUUUUACUGAUGACUCAUACCGACUUCGAAGUUUGAUACAUACUGUACAGUGUACAAACUACAUACUGUACAAUGUACAAACUACAGUCUACAAUAUGUACUACACGCAUUUAUAUGAUGGCAAACAGUAAACACAGUUACAUAUCAGUAAUAAAUUAUGCGUAUCGAGGUGCAACGUGUGCUACAACGUUUUCGCCGGUUGCCAGUGGUGCUAGCCCCUAUGGCGGGAGUGUCUACACCUCGACUGGUCGCCGCUAUUUGCAAUGAAGGCGCGACCGGCAUACAUGCAGGGGGUUUCCGUAGUGUAAUGCAACUAGCACAGGAUAUCGACGAGAUCAGGAGCCUACUUGGUGAAGAACACCAGCAUGCCUUCGGUGUCAAUUUAAUGGUACCUCCGGAAGGUGAAAACGGAGGUGUAGACGAUGCGUAUUCGAAAUUAGAAUUAGCACAACAAAUAGAACGUGCCCGUGUCAGCGUGCUACCCUUCUAUCAGAGAGCGCAAGGUGCCUCUGUGGUGGUACCAACCCCCAAGGUCACACCAUCGUGUUAUAAAGAGCAGGUUGAUUUGUGUCUUGAUAAGGGGGUUCCUGUGGUCACUUUCGUUUUUGGGCGUGUCAAGCCUUCAGAAAUCAAACGUUUGCAAGAUGGCGGUUGUGUUGUCAUGGGAACGGCCACCAGUGUGGAGGAGGCGAUUUUAUUACGUCAGGAUGGUGUGGACGCGAUCUUUGCGCAGGGUGCAGAGGCUGGAGGUCAUAGAGGCUCGUUCUUACGCGGCAUUCAUCUUGUCGGUACUAUGAGUCUAGUUCCACAAAUUGUGGAUGCCGUUUACCCGCUUCCUGUCAUAGCAGCUGGUGGCAUCGCAGAUGGUCGCGGAGUAACAGCAGCAAGAGCACUAGGUGCGAGCGCCUCUGCGAUUGGUACCGCGUUUCUAACCAGCAACGAGAGUGAAGCACAGCCACUACAUAAACGAGAAAUACUACGAAAAGAUCGAUCUGAAACGGAUACAAUUGUCACUGACGUAUUUACAGGAAAGGCCGCUAGAGGCUUUUGCAAUGACUUUGUGAGUCAAUAUCGACCCCACAACAGUAAUCAGCAGUUCGACCGAAUCACUCAGGGAGAUAUGCCGGUCGAUAUAACGCGCAUACGCGGAGAACAGAGCAAUGUGGCCCCUUACCCAAUUCAGCAGGCACUGACUAAUCCGCUCAAGCAGUUUUGUAUUGCACACAAUGAUCCCACGUUGAUAAGCAUGUGGUGUGGCCAAAGUUUUCGUUUAGCCACAGACAACAAAGUAUCCCGUAUCAUCGAGGAGAUUAAAGAUAAAUUGCGCCUGUAAUACGGCCUGCUAACCAAAACGAUAUAUUUAUAUGUAUAGUUGCUGGAUUCGAGUUUCUCGGUCCGCCCAAGCCAAACAACCUCACACACUUAACUGCGAAGGGCAUGUGACCACGAAGAAGAUCUUUAUUAUUAAUAAACCUUGCCGUACG